CUGGCAGACGAGGAGGCCGGCGCCGUUUCCCCGGGCGGGCAAGGCAGGGCGUGGCUCCCGGGCGUCCUGCCUCUUCAGCGCCGCUGCGCCUUCGGAGAGGCGAGCCGGCGCUGGGCGGGGAGGAGAUGCCAUGUGAGUCGGAGAAGCAAAAGGCAGGUGGACAAGCCAGCAGGAUGGAGAGGAACAGAGGCGAGAGGAGGACGAGCCAGCCGCCUCGGCUUCCUCCCGGCCGCGCUUUUGACAUUGCCCAACUCCCCGGAGCAGCGGAGAGCCGUGUAACCCUGCAACUCCUCUAAACUUGGGCGUAGGCGGAGAAGUCCCACCGAGCCUCCGCGGACUUCUUUUCCCUCGCUCCCUCCUCCGCUCUUGUCCGGAUGGGCUGAAGCGGAGGCCGAGCCGAGGAGCGCAGAGGGGCCCGCACCCGCGCCCAGGGCGCAUCCCGCACCCGGGUCCUGCUGGAGCGGCGCUGGGCGAAGUCUCCGCUGCCGGAGCCCGGCCGGGCAAGAGGCAAGCUCCAGCCCCCGCCGAAGCUGAGCUGGGGAAGGGCUCUCGGGGCGCGGAGGACCCUGACCUGGCGCGAACGUCGAGGAACCGCGGCAGAGCCGCCUUCCCUCAGGCCAUGCCCGGCUGAUCGGCUUUGGGGCUGGCCCCUCUCCAGGCGGUGACGGUGCCCUCCCCGUCUCUCCAGCGCUAUGGCCGGUGCGCCCGACGGGGACCCUUGCACGCUGUCUCCGUCCACAAUCCCGGGGAGCGGCGUCGGCGUCGAAGCCCAACGGGUGGAGUUCGUGGCCCUCACCGCUGUGCAGACGGAGAAGAGCGAGAUCCCCGCCGCUGGCAGCAGCCCCAGGCGCCUCGGGCUGCUCGGGACGCCCUUGCCGGCCCCCCCGGGAGGCUCCGGGGCCCGAUCCGCGUCGCACAAGCGCUACCGGCGCCUCCAGAACUGUCUCUACAAUGUGCUGGAAAGACCUCGAGGCUGGGCGUUUAUCUAUCACGUCUUCAUAUUUCUUCUGGUCUUCAGCUGUCUGGUCCUGUCUGUGUUUUCAACCAUCCCAGAACAUCACAAAUUUGCCAACCAGUGUCUCUUCAUCCUGGAAUUCGUCAUGAUUGUGGUCUUCGGCAUGGAAUACAUCAUCCGGGUCUGGUCGGCCGGCUGCUGUUGCCGCUACCGUGGCUGGCAGGGACGCCUUCGAUUUGCCCGGAAACCUUUCUGUGUCAUAGAUUUCAUUGUCUGCAUUGCCUCUCUGGCUGUCAUCGCUGCUGGUACCCAGGGCAACAUCUUUGCUACCUCGGCACUGCGCAGCAUGCGCUUCCUGCAGAUCUUGCGCAUGGUCCGCAUGGACCGCCGUGGUGGCACGUGGAAGCUCCUGGGCUCGGUGGUCUAUGCCCACAGCAAGGAGCUGAUCACAGCUUGGUACAUCGGGUUCCUGGUCCUCAUCUUCGCCUCCUUCCUCGUCUACCUGGCAGAGAAAGAUACCAACAAACAAUUUCUCACUUAUGCAGACUCGCUCUGGUGGGGCACAAUCACGCUCACCACCAUCGGCUACGGGGACAAGACCCCACAGACAUGGCUGGGCCGGGUGCUAGCAGCCUGCUUUGCUCUCCUGGGCAUUUCCUUCUUUGCUCUUCCUGCCGGGAUUCUGGGCUCAGGGUUUGCUCUCAAAGUCCAGGAGCAACACCGACAGAAGCAUUUUGAGAAGAGACGAACACCGGCGGCCAACUUGAUCCAGGCUGCUUGGCGCCUCUACUCAACGGAUGUCAGCCGGUCCUAUUUGACAGCCACCUGGUGCUAUUAUGACAGCAUCCUUCCAUCAUUUAGAGAACUGGUCCUUAUGUUUGACCACUUGCACCGAGCUCGCAACGGAGGGCUCAGGAACUCUGAGGUGAGGAAAUUCCCCGAUGGAGCUCCGCCACCGUAUCACUCCUUCACCUCUGGCCUGAAAACCAUCAAUCCUCCUUUUUGCUCGGGGGAAAGUUGGAAAGAAGACGAAGCUCCGCCCCACAAGUGUUUACGUCUAAGCAAUAAAAUGGGCAUCAAGGACCGCAUCCGCCUGAACAAUUCCCAGAGGCAGGGCAGCCGGGGGAAGCAGCAUCUGGUCCCACCACUCCGCCGCUCUCCCAGCACUGAGAAUGUCAAUGAGGCCAUCAGCCCCACCAAGGUGCAGAAGAGCUGGAGCUUCAACGACAGGACAAGAUUCCGGGCCUCAUUGAGGCUGAAGCCUCGGACACCAGUGGAGGCUGAUGGACCCACAGAGGAAAGCAGUGAGGAGAAGGCCUACCAGUGCGACUUAACCUUCGAAGACAUCAUGCCUGCCGUGAAAACACUCAUCAGGGCGGUGAGAAUCCUCAAGUUUCUGGUGGCCAAGAGGAAGUUCAAGGAGACAUUGCGUCCGUACGACGUCAAGGAUGUCAUUGAGCAGUACUCAGCUGGCCACCUGGAUAUGCUUGGCAGAAUCAAGAGUCUCCAGACACGCGUGGAUCAGAUUGUGGGCCGGGGAGCCAUCGCUGUCGACAAGAAGGCACGAGAAAAGGGGGAGAAGCCAUCGCUGGAGGUGGAGCUGGUGGACGAAUUCAGUAUGAUGGGCCGAGUGGUCAAGGUGGAGAAACAGGUCCAGUCGAUUGAGCACAAGCUGGACUUGCUGCUGGGCAUCUACUCGCAGUGCUUGCGGAAGGGGUCUGUGAACUCCAUCAGCCUGACAGCCAUGCCCAUCCCCACGGGGGAUCCUGACAUCACCUCCGACUACCACAGCCCCGUGGACCAGGAGGACAUCUCUGUCUCUGCUCAGACCUUGAACAUCUCCCGGUCGGCUAGCACCAACAUGGACUGAGACGGUGCCCACUCCAGCCACCUGAUAGUUACACACCAGCCAUAUUCGGGGAGGCAGAGAGGGGAUCUCUCUGCUCCCAGGGCAGGAAGAAAGGGUAGACAAACAUUACCGACUGCUCUAAAACAGACAAUGCUCUGUGUGAGCGCUAGGCCCUUUUCACCCUCGCCACAUUGGCAGGGCUCCAACAGAGACUCUCUUUCCAAUGCACCUCAACUUUACUUGAAGUCUUCCAGCUGCAGGCAAAGCCACAUUCGCUGGGUGUUCCAAGAAUGAUGCGGGUUUAAUACCCCCAGCGCAGCUGUUUAUGGCACGGCUCUGGCUUUUUAAACAAAUGCGCUAAAUGACUGCACCUGUCAGUCAUAAUGAAGAAAUCCCGCUGGAGUUUUGUGCUGGUAUUUAGAAGCUGAACUUACCAGGCAGAGCUUUCUCUGUGGAGAGGGAGCCACGCUCCCCUGCAACACAACACAGAGGUAUUCAUCCUUUGCACCUUAGCCUUUGACAACACCUAUAAAGGUCCUCUGCUACCAAAAGCAUCUUUGGGUACAGCCACCUUCAUAGGGGCUGGGCCCUCUUUUGGCAAAGAGCCACCAAGGCUGAAGAGCUACCUUGGCCUUCAAGCCUGAGCGACGACUUUCUGUUCCAGCAAACCUUGCAAGUGGUUCCAAACCCUUAAAGGCUUUUAUCUGACAGCCUCUGACUCUGGACUUCUACCUGGUCGGAGACGCUUACUGACAGCUAUGCAAACACUAGGCAAUACUUUCUUCUGCAGUGCUAAGCAAAGGACGUUGCGACUCGAGUGAAUGUGGUUUCUCAUCUUAGCAUCUAGAAGAAAAAUAAUACAUCUGGCAAGGCCUAACCCUGCCCUUGGCAGCCUUUAAGCACCUUGGUACUUCUCCUGUUCAUCCCACCCCCCUAGCUAGUGGGCAUUGCUCUGUACCCCAGAUAUCAUAAGCACAGUGGAACCUGCCACCCAGGGGAAGAGCUUCCCAGGUGGGGAGCAAACGUUAUAUGCAACCAUCUUGAAUAUGCAACCUGAAAUCAGUCUUUACUGUCUGCCAAUGGGCUAGGAGCCUCCCCAGAGUAGUAAGCUAGCAGUCCUUACGUCUUUAUACGCUCACUCAAGAAAGCCAAAUCUAAAUGGCUGGGAGCAGAGCAGCUCCAGGUAACCUGCAGGGGGCGUUGCAUCUGAUUCCUGCCUUUAGGGUAAGAGCCAAUCUUAGUCCUGUCCCGGAGGAAGGGCAAGGAUGUUGUGCCUCCCUUUCAUCUAGUAGCAUUAGACUCUAACAAUUAGGGUAAUGUGGGGUCUGGUUCUUGAUGAAGGAAUGUAGGGCCUUCUGGGGUAGCUUUAAAUCCUCUCUUCCCUCCGAUCACCUAACAAAUCCAGCACCUUCGCCAGCGGAUGGGCCUUGGUUAAUCUCUGAUUUCCACCCCUCUUUGUCUGCAAGACAGCUGGUUAUGCUGCCCUCCUGCGAUUUUCGUCCAAAACUUGGUUCCAGCAUCAUUUCAGCCUCUAGGCUUUGCCCCCUGGGGGGCUGUUCCCAUCCUGAUGCCAAGGUGCCAGAUCUUUUAUUUAUUUUCUGUGGUUAGCGUAUUGGACAAGACCUAGGAGACCAGGGCUCAGAUCUCUGCUACUCAGCCAUGAAGCUCACUGGGUAACUUUGGGCCAGUCAUAGUCUCUCAGCCUAGCCUACCCCAGAGAGUUGU